GACGACGAGCACGUACAGCUGCCGAUGGCGAUGGAAUACUACUGCCAGCGCGCCUCUGUGCCUGGGACCCUGAUCAUCGCCGAAUCCUCUAUCAUCUCCCCGAGUCAUGGUGGUGUGUCGAACAUGCCCGGUAUGUGGAACGAAAAGCAGGUGAAAGGGUGGAAGAGGGUGGUUGAUGCUGUCCAUGCGCGUGGAUGUUACAUGUUCUGCCAGUUGCUGGCACCAGGUCGUGCGGCGGACCAGGCAACAUUGCAGCGAGAGGCCGGUCAUGGCAUUUUGUCCUCUAGCCCGGUUCCAUUGACAGACCUUGCCUGCGUCCCGAACGCCAUGUCGGAGGACCAGAUCCAGGCCGCCAUUGUAGACUAUGCAAAUGCAGCGAGAAAUGCUAUACGCGCUGGUUUUGAUGGCGUGGAAAUCCACGGAGGAAAUGGAUAUCUGCUCGAUCAGUUUCUCCAGGAUACCUGCAACAGACGAAGAGAUCGAUGGGGGGGUAGUAUCGAAAAUAGAGCGCGAUUGGGCAUUGAAGUCGCCACGGCAAUUGCAAACGAAAUUGGCGCCCAGAAACUGGGGUACCGGAUCAGCCCCUGGAGUAGUUUCCAGGGAAUGCGAAUGGCUGAUCCAAUUCCUCAGUUUACAUACCUGGUCCAGGAACUCAGGGAUCUCAAGCUGGGAUAUCUCCACGUGAUCGAAUCUCGAGUGAACAACAACGUGGAUAUCGAAAAGACAGAGGGGAUCGAAUUUGUCUUGCAUACCUGGGGAAAGGACACUCCCGUUCUACUGGCUGGUGGAUUUACUCCUGAAUCUGCAGAGAAGGCAGACAGCGACUAUCCAAACAACGAAGUUGCGGUCGUAUUUGGCAGGCACUUUUUGGCAAACCCAGACCUCCCGUUUCGCAUUCAAAAUGGACUCGGAUUGACCAAAUACGACAGAUCCAGCUUUUACACCCCGAAGUCUGCAACGGGAUAUACCGAUUAUCCGUUCAGCCAGGAAUUCCUUGCUUCGAAGUCAUAAUAGGGGUAGAUUAGGUAUGGAACAGAUAAUGCGAAAGGGAUGAAACGGCAUGUAAAGUUGAUACAGCACGAGUGGUGUCAGUGUUCUUCUCUAUUUCUU